AAUCGCAAUAAAAAAAGAAUGGAGAAGAAUCUGUACAAACAGGUGUUGUAUGUGAGCGCAAAGUUUCUAAUAAUCGCAGUGAUUUCUCAGACAUUGGGUUCCGUUAACGUGUCACCAGACAAUUAUGAAUAUCCUCUGAAGAUUUACAACGUCGGUGUUCUUAUGGCUUCCCAUUUGAACAGUCCCUUCGAUCUCGAGAGAUGCGGGCCAGCCGUGGAUCUGGCAUUGACCGAAGUAAACGAUUUCUUAAGCAUCCACAACGUGAAAUUGCGCAAGGUUCAAGAAAGUUAUCCAUCGUGCAGCGGAGCCGCAGCACCAGGUUUGGCGGCCGACAUGCACUUCCGGGACAAUGUGAUCGCUUUCAUCGGUCCAGCUUGUGCUUUCGCUCUUGAACCCGUGGCACGACUUGCUGCUUAUUGGAAUAUUCCUAUAAUUACCGGAAUGGGUGACCAACCGCCAUCAGAAGGGGAAUUAUCUGUAACAUCGGGCAUUCUUGGAAGAAUCAAUAAAUGGAGAAACGAAAGCUCGGGAAUAUUUAAAGAUAAGAGCAAAUAUCGAACAUUAACAAGAAUGUCCUACUGUCAGUGUCGACUUCGAUUGGUAUUCUCUAGUAUUUUUAAAGAAUUUGGAUGGUCCCACGUGGCGUUAAUAUUGGACAGAUCAGAUUUGUUCUCGUGGACAGUUGGAAAAAAUUUGGAAUAUGGUUUAAGAAAAGAGGGAUUGUUAAAAUUUGUGAGAGAACUAGAUGGAAAUUUUGAAGAUGAGUCGUACCAUUUUUACUUACGCGAUGCUAGUAUGUAUGCAAGAGUGUUGAUUCUUAGCGUUCGAGGAACUCUGGUCAGGAAAUUCAUGUUGGCUGCUCACGAUUUGGAAAUGACGAAGGGAGAUUGGGCAUUCCUUGAUGUUGAAAUAUUUCAAGGAUCCUAUUGGGGUGAUCACGAUUGGGAAGUUGGUGAUGAGGACGAUACCAUUGCCAGAAAAGCCUAUGAAGCAUUGCUCAGAGUAUCUCUUUUGCAACCAACAAGUCCAAGAUUCCAAGACUUCGCCGAUACUGUUCGUCAAAGAGCUCAAACAGAUUAUAAUUAUUCUUUCUCCGAAGGAGAAGAAGUGAAUUUUUUUAUCGGAGCUUUUUAUGACGGUGUAUAUUUACUCGGGAUAGCAUUGAACGAAACUCUGACCGAGGGUGGAGAUAUCAGAGACGGUAUAUCGAUAACGAGGAGAAUGUGGGAUCGAGACUUCAUUGGUAUUACAGGACACGUCAGGAUCGACGACAAUGGAGACCGCGACGCGGACUACAGUAUCCUGGAUUUAGAUCCUAUUACGGGAAGGUUUGAGGUGGUGGCGCAUUAUUUAGGAGUAAAUCGUGAAUAUAGUCCCGUAAUUGGGAAGAAGAUUCAUUGGCCUGGAGGAAGAGAAGGUCCACCAGUGGAUGUGCCCGAAUGUGGAUUUCUCGGGAAUGAUCCGGCGUGCACAUCGACCGAAGCAUAUACUUUUGUCGCAUAUACUAGCUUGGCACUUGUUGUGUUCCUCCUUGUUGCUGUUACUGCAAUUUGUGUGCUGUACAGACAUUUAAGAGUAUCAGCUGAUCUGAACAACAUGUCUUGGAGAAUUAGACCAGAAGAGUUACUUUUGGAAAUAGGAAAACCUUUCUCUUCAAAGAUUAAUUUACACCAAGCGAUUGCUGAGAAUUUCGGAUUGGAACAACGUAUUCGUCGAGGAUCACAAUUUAGCGGUGGAUCUUUACCUCCGACCACUGCAUUCACAACCGUUGGAAUUUACAAAGGGGAAAGAGUAGCUAUAAAAAAAAUUACUAAAAAGAAAGUGGUUGAUGUCACAAAGAAAUUAUUAUGGGAAAUUAAACAAGUACGAGAUGUUACUUCAGAAAACACUGUUAGAUUUAUUGGUGCAUGUUUUUGUUCUCCAUCACCAACAGUUUUAAUCUUGACAGAAUAUUGUCCUCGAGGUUCCUUGAAGGAUGUACUAGAGAACGAUGCUAUUAAAUUAGAUUGGAAUUUUCGAAUGUCUUUGAUCCACGAUAUUGUGAAGGUAGAGCAGGGAAUGUCUUAUCUUCAUGCUAGCGAGGUUUCAGCUCAUGGAAAACUUCGAUCUUGUAAUUGUUUGAUCGAUGGUCGCUUCGUUUUAAAAAUUUCAGACUUUGGACUUAAAACCCUUACUAUUCCUUCUGAUUUAAUUAUGGAUGAUAGUUAUUAUACUAAAUUACUUUGGAUCGCUCCGGAACUUAUACCAUUAACUGUGACACCUGGCAGUACAGCAACCCAAAAAGGGGAUGUUUAUAGUUUCGCGAUCAUUUUAGAAGAAAUUGUAGUUCGUGGUGGUCCAUAUGAAUCUGUGAAAUCAUUUAUAACUUCUCAAGAGAUUGUUAGCCGCGUCGCAGCAUCAGAAACUCCACCAUUCAGACCGGAAGUGGCACCAAAAGAUUGUCCACCGGAUAUUCUAUCCCUUAUGGAAAAAUGUUGGAAUGAAAUUCCAGAAGAACGACCAACAUUUCAUGCAAUUCGUGAAACUAUACGUGGCAUUAUGAAAGGUUACUGUGAAAAUUUAAUGGAUGAUUUAUUAAGACGUAUGGAACAAUAUGCAAAUAAUUUAGAAGCUCUCGUGGAAGAAAAAACAGAGCAGUUAAGUUUAGAAAAAAGACGUAGUGAAGAACUUCUUUAUCAAGUGCUUCCAAGACAAGUGGCUUGUCAAUUAAUGGCCGGAGAACUCGUUCAACCAGAGCAAUUUGAGUGUGUGACAAUUUAUUUUAGUGAUAUAGUUGGCUUUACAGCUCUCUGUGCACAAAGUACACCAAUGGAAGUGGUGGAUUUCUUAAAUGAUCUUUAUAGUACUUUUGAUCGUAUCAUCGAAUUUUAUGAUGUUUAUAAGGUGGAAACAAUAGGAGACGCAUAUAUGGUAGUAUCUGGCCUGCCAGAAAGAAAUGGCAAUGAACAUGCAAGGGAAAUUGCUUUAAUGGCUUUAGCAAUUCUCGAUUCUGUACGUUCUUUCACUAUAAUGCAUAAACAAAAUGCACAACUAAGUGUUAGAAUUGGUGUACAUAGCGGACCAGUCUGUGCAGGUGUAGUUGGACAAAAAAUGCCACAUUAUUGUCUUUUUGGUGACACAGUAAAUACUGCAUCGAGAAUGGAGUCUUCAGGUUUACCACUACGUAUACAUAUUUCUGAUGCAACAAAAUGUAUAUUGGAUAAGUUUGGAACAUUUGAUUUGGAACUCAGAGGUGAAGUGGAAUUAAAGGGCAAAGGACAAGUCACUUCCCACUGGUUAAAGGGUUGUUCUGAACCAGAUCCAAGACCACCUACACCGAAGUACCGCAAACAUAGUGUCAGUACACCAGAAAAUAAUUUAAAUCCUUUAAUUUUCCCACCUAAUAAUAUAAAUGGUCCAAAAACCAAUAAUAAUACUUUCAUUAAUUUAUCAGAAUUACAACAAACUGUCUAAUUUUCAUAAUUAAAAGUAAAUAUAAAAAAAUAUAUAUAUUAUUCUAUAGUAAAUGUUCUUAUAAUUUAAAUAUUAAACUAAAAAGUUAUAAUUAUAAUAAAUUUAUUUAAUUUUUUUUCUAUUACAAUAUGUCAAUUUUGAAUGUUACAUUAAUAACAUUUAAUUUAUAAGUAAAUAGAAGAAUCUGUAAUAGCUUUUGUCGACAGGCAUGUGCAUUAAAUUGUUCAUUUUAGACAAUAUAAUUAUCCGAAAUAUGUAAUAUUUUUUUUUUUAUUAUGUUCUCUGUGUAAUAGUUCUAUUUACCAAUAUCAAUGCAAUUUAAUACACUUGUCUAACAACAAUGAUUUACAUAAAGCUCAAAUGAAUUUUAGACAGUUAACAAAAAGAAAUUUCUCAAUAAAAAUAAAAAAA